UUUCUUUAACUAGUUGACACUGGCAGGAGGAGACGGCAGCAUCCUCUGUCCCGCAUCACCUCCUGAAUUUUGCGUUAUGACACAAAGAGACCUUAACGUGAACGCAAAAGGAUCCGCUUUCUAAAAGCAGUCUGUUUCAUCGUAUUUUUCCACGCGUUUUCAUCCCAUGCUUUGACAUCUGGAAUGUGUGGUUUUCCUGCAAGCGUUGUUUCCAUGCCAGCAUGGGAACUGCAGUGUCCAAAAGGAAGAAUCUGAGAAAUGAUGCGAUUUCUUCGGUGGCAGCCAAAGUUAGAGCAGCUCUUGCAUUUGGAGAGUACCUUCACACCCAUCCUGAGAACUGCAACGGAUCAGAUCACUUACUGUCUGACACCAUCGUUGGCCACGACUCUGACUCCCCAGACAGCCUGUGUGCUCAGAACAACAACCACAGCUGUACCCUCCAGGGCUCCCCCAUCAGCACCGACCCCAGCCUAAUCAACCCUGCCCUGGGUCUUCUGGAACCGCCACCUCCUACAACAUCCUCCAAGAGCCGGUUAUCCCUAGAGCGCAGCUUCUCAGCAGAGGAGGACCAGCAGAAGUGUGUGGAGUGUGCCCUGCAGCCUGCUCGAGUCUACACCAUCACCGGAGAGAGCGGAAUGCUGGGAACCAGUCGGGGAAGCAAAGAGAACCUGGAGCUUGAGGUCUUGAAAGAGGCACUCUCCCAGCCCUCAACGUCCUCCAACACGUCAUCUCCAACCCAGCGACACCACCACCAUGGAGGCGGAGGCGGAGGCGGAAACCAUCAUCACAGCAAUCACCAUCAUUCCAACCACCAUCACGCCAACACCAGCGGUAGCAGUGGAAAUAGCGGAUCAACUCCCCAGAAUAUCUCCGGAGCGGGAACGUCACACCAUCACCACAUGGUGUCCCAUCACCAUCACCACCUUUCCCAGCCACUCCAGAGUUCAGUCAGCGCACACAACCUUCGUGGCUGGGGGGAGGGAAAGGAAUGCGGCCUGGCAUGCGAGAGCUGUCCUGGGGCUCCGUCACGCAGCCAGGGCUCCCUGGACCUGGAAAGCAGCACCCGAGAGGCAGGCAAGCAGCGCCGGCCCCCUCUAGAGCGGAUGUGCAGUGUGGACCGCGUGACUGGGCUGGAGCGAGACGAUAACAGUUGGUUCCCUAAAGAGAACAUGUUCAGCUUUCAGACUGCUACCACAACUAUGCAGGCGAUUUCAAACUUCCGGAAGCAUUUACGAAUGGUGGGCAGCAGACGAAUGAAAGCACAAACAUUUGCAGAGCGCAGGGCGAAGAGUUUCAACCGAUCCUGGAGCGAUCCAACCCCUGUCAAACAAGACUCUCUAACCGACUCAAAAGACAGUGGAGAGCUGCAGGGCACUUGCUGCACCCCAGAUGAGGCCAGAUGUGAAGACAUGGACUGGGAGGAGGAGAGAGAGAUGGAGAGACUGGCCUGUGAGGGAGACGACUUCAUCCCUCCCAAAAUUAUGCUGAUCUCAUCUAAAGUUCCCAAAGCCGAAUAUCUUCCCAACAUCAUCAAAAGAGACGAUCCUUCUAUUAUCCCCAUUCUCUACGAUCAUGAGCAUGCCACGUUUGAUGAUAUUUUGGAGGAGAUUGAGAAGAGAUUGACAGCCUACAGAAGGGGCUCUAAAAUCUGGCGAAUGCUGAUCUUCUGUCAGGGAGGCCCAGGGCACCUUUACCUGCUGAAGAAUAAAGUGGCCACGUUUGCCAAGGUGGAGAAAGAGGAAGACAUGAGCCAAUUUUGGAAACGCCUGAGCCGGUUUAUGAGUAAAUUAAAUCCAGAGCCGAACCUGAUCCACAUCAUGGGUUGCUACGUGCUGGGCAAUCCGAAUGGAGAAAAGCUGUUCCAGAAACUGAAGAACCUGAUGAGGCCUUAUUCUGUCACGUUUGAGUCACCGCUGGAGCUCUCCGCUCAGGGCAAAGAGAUGAUUGAGAUGUACUUCGACUUCCGCCUGUUUCGACUUUGGAAAACCCGACAGCACUCAAAACUCCUCGACUACGAAGAUCUCUUGUGACCCCGUGUGGGUCAGCAUGUAGCAUUGCGGGCAGGACGUCCCACUGUAAAACUCCAUUCCACCAGCUUUCAUUUCAGAAAACCGGAGGAAGAGGAAGACGAGUGGAAACGGACACAGCCACUAUGCGUCUCAAGUCGUAUUUCAGCUCGCUGUUGUGGAUUUCAGCCACCUCUAAACGGUAACACACAAAAACAACUGACAAAUGCUCCAAAAUCCAAGACAAACCGAGAUAGAGCAAAGGAAAGGUGUUUUUCUGAACAAGCUGACAGUCUGUUGACUGUCUAUAAACUAACAUAUCGCCUACAGCUAUUGAUCACUAGCCGAGACAGUUGUGCUUUUGAGCGAGUCCUGCGUGCAAUAUCGAGUCAAGCGUACCUACCAGAACCCACGGAAACCGUCAUAUACAAAAUAACAACUAAUAUAUUGGUAUACAUACAGGAUAUACAUCUCAUUAUGAUAUAGAGUAGCUAUAGUCAUGCAAAUAAUCUAAAUGUCAAUGGUACAACGAUGUACUUUUUCAAUGUUUAUUGUUGUGGUCUUUCUAAUGAACUCUUUGGAAUAACUCAGGUUUUAGCCUUUAUGAAUAUGUUAGAUAUUCCCUCCUUUAUUCCUGUCAUUUAGGUGGAAAGAAUGUACAUUUUGCCGACCUGCUUAUAUGUGAUUGCUUCUGAGGUUUAUGGUUCAUCACGUUUUGACUUGCGUCUCCUUAUUACUGCGGGGGAAAUAAGUAACGAACAUGUCAUGUUUUUUUCAUGGGAUUAACAUUUCUAAAGGAGCUGUUGACUUGGAAUUGAGCCAGAUUUGGGUAAAAACAAAUAAAAUAAAACAAAACAAAAUAAAAGUGAACAAUCAGUUAUGUGUUAUAACAAUGGAGUGACACAAGGAGAAAGUACUGAACUACUGAAAUGUAUUUAAUACUUUAUAUAAAAGACUUUUUGGUGAUGGUGGCUCAAAGAUGCCUCUCAUGAAAUCUUGAUGACUCUGUGAGUCUCGUCUAUCAAAUUUGAUCUAUUUUUUCAUCGAUUUUCUAUAAGGUUUAAGUCAGGUGAUUGGCUGGGCCAUUCUACAGUUUGAUUUUCUUUCUCUGAAAGCAUUUGAGAGUUUCCUUGGCUGUGUUUUGGAUCAUUGCUUACUGAAAUGUCCUAGUUUCAUCUUCAUCUUCCUGAUAAUGAAGAUGUUGGACUGAAGCAGCUAAUAUUUAUUUACAAUGAAGAAGGGCAGAGGGUUGCUGAAGAACUACUGAGAGAUUUCAGAUGCUGUCUGGGCUUUCUAAACCUCUCUUUCUUCAUGUGUUCAAUACUUUUUUCAUGCAUCAUUUCAUUUUAUUACACAUAACUUAAUUUGUAAACUAAUAAGUCGUUUGCACCUUUAGAAAUAUGUUUUCGGAGAAAAAUGGUGACAUGUUGAAUACUUAUUUUUUCCACUGUAUAUGCCGAAAAAACAUAGAUCCAUGUUGCAAACACAGUGCCCAAACUGGGAAAUCGUGACUUACAGUCGUACAAUAAUAGAAACAUUGACCUCAAUACAGGCAGACAUCUUUGCCAGGUCCACCUGGAGCGUCAGCAGGAUUACAGCGAGGUGUUACAGAUUUGCUCAAAUAAGCGCUUAUGUCAGUGUGUUCAUAAUAAUUAGGCUGUUUUCAUGCUCGCUUUUCACGCUGUCCUUCUUAAAACAUAAUAUUUUGCUCCAGCAAUUUCACUGUGUGCACAUGUGGUACCAGUCAAAAAAUUACUUGGGUUUUGUAUUUGGUGUAAGUGCCAAACUUUUCAUUUUUACUAAACGUUUAAAAACUAUAGGGUCAGUAAAAUACAGCUAUGAAAAAAGA